CCUCGCUGUUGCUUUUAAGGCCCCUCCCGCUCCGCGCUCGGAGUACCGGAGCAGCUGCCGCCAAGUCCGGAUCCGACACUGCGCGCCUCCCACGCCCGCCCGAAGUGCACUCCCGAUUCCUUUUGGUUCUAAAUCCACUAUGGCAACUCUCAAGGAUCAGCUGAUUCACAAUCUUCAUAAGGAAGAGCAUGUUCCCCACAAUAAGAUUACAGUUGUUGGGGUUGGUGCUGUUGGCAUGGCUUGUGCCAUCAGUAUCUUAAUGAAGGAAUUGGCGGAUGAAAUUGCUCUCGUUGAUGUCAUGGAAGACAAACUGAAGGGAGAGAUGAUGGAUCUGCAACAUGGCAGCCUUUUCCUUAGGACCCCAAAAAUUGUCUCUGGCAAAGACUAUAACGUGACUGCAAACUCUAGGCUGGUUGUUAUCACAGCUGGGGCACGUCAGCAAGAGGGAGAAAGCCGUCUUAAUUUGGUCCAGCGUAAUGUGAACAUCUUUAAAUUCAUCAUUCCUAAUAUUGUAAAAUACAGCCCAAACUGCAAGUUGCUUGUUGUUUCCAAUCCAGUGGAUAUCUUGACCUAUGUGGCUUGGAAGAUAAGUGGCUUUCCCAAAAACCGUGUUAUUGGAAGUGGUUGCAAUUUGGAUUCAGCCCGGUUCCGUUACCUAAUGGGGGAAAGGCUGGGAGUUCACCCCCUAAGCUGUCAUGGGUGGAUCCUUGGGGAGCAUGGAGACUCUAGUGUGCCUGUGUGGAGUGGAGUAAAUGUUGCUGGUGUCUCCCUGAAGAAUCUGCACCCUGAAUUAGGCACUGAUGCAGAUAAGGAACACUGGAAAGCGGUUCACAAACAGGUGGUGGACAGUGCUUAUGAGGUGAUCAAACUGAAAGGCUACACGUCCUGGGCCAUUGGACUAUCUGUGGCAGAUCUGGCAGAAAGUAUAAUGAAGAAUCUUAGGCGGGUGCAUCCGAUUUCCACCAUGAUUAAGGGUCUCUAUGGGAUAAAAGAGGAUGUCUUCCUUAGUGUUCCUUGCAUCUUGGGACAGAAUGGAAUCUCAGAUGUUGUGAAAGUGACUCUGACUCCUGAGGAAGAGGCUCAUUUGAAGAAGAGUGCAGAUACACUUUGGGGGAUCCAGAAAGAGCUGCAAUUUUAAAGUCUCUCAUAACAUACCACUUUCACUGUCUAGGCUACAACAAGAUUUUAGUUGGAGGUUGUGCAUAUUGUUCUUUUUAAUCUGAUCUGUGACUAAAGCAGUAAUGUUAAGACAGCCUAGGAAAAACAGCCAUUUCCUAAAGUUAGGAGUGGUUCAUAAACCCCCACAGCUGUAUCCUGAUGUUGGAUGGUACUUAUCUUGUAUAGUCCUAAAUUGGUUCUUGUAAAAUAGUUCUACUUUCUCAAGAGGCACCCGGGCCAGUGUUGCAGAUGCUGCAGUUGCCUUUCAAGCCAGAUAUAUGUUUACUCUGUGUUAUAUAAUAUCUGGUUCCUUUAGCUAAGAUGCCCAGUCUAACUCUUUUAUCUCCAAUUAAUCACAUCCUGGGAUCCAAUGUACAAAUCCAGUAUUGCAUGUCUUGUGAUAACUAUUCUAAAGAAUCUUAUUUUAUGUACUGUAUGUAUCAGAAUAGUGUACAAUGCCAUGUAAUGUAAAAAGAAAAAUCAAAAUCUAUAUAAAUAAUGCAGCCAACUAUCCAGCUGUUAUACCAACUAAAACAACAAAUAAACCUUGAACAGUGA